AUGUUCAGCACACCCGAACAACUGGGAUACGAUCCCAAUGUGACUUUAGACACGACUGCGGACCAUCGUUACAUAUUCACCAUCCCCAUGCUUCCAGGCGACACACUCAACGCCCAAUCUCGGCGUUUUCGCACUGUCGAAACGAUUUCUGAGUAUCGUUUGAACAAUAUUACGGGUCGGAUGACGCGUAUCCUGCUCGUCAAAGAACUCGACACUGGGAAAAAAGAUCCACCACGCUUUGUAUUGAAGGACAUUUGGCUCGACAAAGAAGCACAGACUGAGCGCGAGCUGCAAUCGGCCAUUUUCUACGAUAUUCGGGGUUUUUGGCAGGGCAGGUCGCCUGAGAGCGAUAGCCUUUCUCUUAAAUUGUUUAAAGACUUGCAUGCUACACUUGUUAGCACGGGAGAGUAUAAGAACUAUUUUCUUGAUAUUGUAGCUGAUUAUCGUGGAAUGGUCUCCCCGGAUCCUCCGAUUGAUGCUGUGUCUACGAGAGGAUUGUUGGAUGCACGCUACAGCGUAAAUCCUGCUAACUUGAAAGUGUACCCCACACCGGUACCACCACCACCUCGAGCUUACCGUGACCAGCAAAAACUACAAUACCGUGUUCUUUUCAGAGAAUUUUGUACCGCACUAGGCGAUCUCGGGACUAUAGGUGAAGUCGUGGAUGUAUUACAGCAAAUUCUGACUCCCUUGCAACUUCUCUUGUGCGCUGGAUGGGUCCAUCGGGAUAUUAGCGCUGGAAAUAUUCUGGCGCACGGUUCGGAUGAUCAUGAAUCUGCUAGUGGGCAGUGGCAGGCUAAGUUGGCGGAUUUGGAAUAUGCUACGAGGUUUCCUCCUCCUGCCGGUUACGUCCCUGAUGCUGCAGAUCACCAGAUUGAUCCAUCUGAAAGAAUAGUCACUUCUCCAGACAACGAAGACGAAUUCGACAUGGCUACUAUAACAUGCGAAUACUUUCGACCUUCACCGGCAAAGAAGCACACCGCGAACCCGCUAGCCAUCCAUAACUUCCAACAUGACUUGGAGUCCAUCUGGUGGCUUUUACUAUGGAGUAUAACUUGUCGCGUUCGUUAUCUGCCUUCGCAGAUAUGGGGGCGGUACCGUUUCCGUACCAGUGGAAGUGGCCGAUUAUCCAAAGUGAGAUCCGACUGCUUUCUGUAUGAAAUGGACGAGUCGCUGUAUGAAGCGUUAGAGCCGUCUGUGAAGGUUUUGGCGAGGCUGAUGAAUGAUAUGCGGUUUAAAAUGCGGCAUGCGUUGGAGAUGAGGCAGAGGGCUGGGCGGGUUAAUGCUGUUCCGGCCUAUGCUGUUAUUCAUGCUAGGUUUUAUGGGUGGUUUGAGUACAUUCAGCAUCGACUACCGGAGAUAGCUUGGCGGGAUGUUCCACUUGGUAAUGGGGUGAUGGAGUUGGAGCAAUUUGAAGAGACGUGUGCAGCGAACCCGACCGUUGAAUAUUCGUCUGUGCCUACUAUUGGGAGCCCGAGGGACUCAACUUCAGCGCCAGCCUCGGAUAGCGGUGCUCCCAUCUACCAGGAGCGUCUCGAAGACCUCGACAUGCCUGCGGCUUAA